AAACUUGAAUUUUUAUAUAAAUUGGCAAAAUUGUACGUCAAAAUGAAAAAAUUUAAACGUCGGAAACGUCGUAAUUGUCAAAUUUUGACUCGAACAAUUAUUUCCUAACCGCCAUAUUAUAUUGCAACCACCGAGUAACCACGCCCGGAAUUUUGGAUUUUUAGUUUUUUCUGCAUAUAUAUUUUCUGAGCCCUAAUACUUUAUUGUGAGAAUAUUAUUCGUCGCUUCUAGGGAUUUACUAUGGAAAAUACAGUGAAACGUAAUGUGAGAUAUCAAAAAUGUACUAUUUGUGGUCUAAAGAGGACCCCUGGACUGGAGCCAAUGUAUUUUUGAAGAAGUUUCCACUUGAUCCAGAUCGUUUUCAAGAUAUAACAAAUUCAGAGAAUGUGCAAUGGAAUGAAAAUAUUUUAUCUAAAAAUGCUGAAUACAGCUUUCUCCCUUUGCCCUCUACUUCGCAGCCACCACAAGGACUUACUUUUGAAAAAACACUAGAUUCUACAUUAACUGAACGUGAGAAGAUCCUGCUGAGUCAUUUGACUCAAACUAAAUUAAGCUUAAAGUGUUUGGCAGUGGAAAUGCGAACUCCAGUAGUAUAUGUUAGUGGUUAUUUAGCUGCAAAAUUAUUAGAUAGAACGAAAUAUCAGAAAUGUCAUUCGUUAAAAGUUGAUAAACCAGUAGACGACUUAAACAAUUAUAUUAGUUUUAAAGAAUGGUGGAAAGAUUCGAGCUCAUUGUGCUUUCCUUCUAAACCUUUAUGUCAUUUUGUAAACAAGAGCCAAAUUCAUUUCAAAGCUAUUAUAUCUCAGGACUUACAAAUUAAAAAUAUAAAGCAGUAG